AUGGCAGCUUAUAGUGCUGUAAUUUCUCUUAUUCAAUCUCUUGACGAACGAAAUUUUCAUGAACUCUUUCAUGGUCAUACUGCUGAAACGCUCGAUUCUCUUCGUGCUAUUGCUGAAUAUUUCCAAAAAGUUCUUGAUGAAUUUGAACCUGGAAAAAUCAAAUCUUUGGAGGAAAAAAUUAGAGAUGCUGCUAGUGAGGCCGAAGAUAUUGUUGAGCUGAAAACGCGUCAAAUCAUCAAAGGGAGAAGCUGGAUGUUUGGAAUUUUACAACACCAGGAUUUGCUACCACUUGUUGAAAAAAUGGAUACAAUAAAGAAACAGGUGAUGGAGAUUGUUUCUCAUGAUGCUGAUCAAAUUCUUGAAUUAUCCGGGGAUUCCAUGAUUGGUACUUCUUCUACAAGUUAUGCAAUGCUGUCAGAUAAGUUGGAAGAUGGUAUCGUUCAGGGAAUUGAUGAUGACUUGGAGAUCAUAAUUAAAAGAUUGACAGGACCACCAUCGGAUCUAGACAUUGUCACAAUAUCAGGCAUGGGUGGCAUUGGCAAAACAACACUCGCUAGAAAAGCUUAUGAUCAUCUAACAAUCAGGUAUCACUUUGACAUUCUUGCUUGGGUUACAAUAUCUCAAGAAUUUCGAUGUAGAAAUGUUUUGUUAGAAGCUUUACAUUGCAUUUUAAAGAAAAUAGAUAUUGUGAAUGCAAGAGAUUAUGAUAAGAUGGAUGACAAUGAGUUAGCUGACCUGGUGCAAAAGAACCUUAAGGGUCGAAGAUACCUUGUUGUUGUUGAUGAUAUUUGGAGUAGGGAUGUUUGGGAUAGUAUAAGAGGAAUAUUUCCUAAUUACAACAAUGGGAGUAGAAUCUUAUUGACUACUAGAGAAACUGAGGUAGCAAUGUAUGCAAAUGCUUGUAGACCUCAUGAGAUGAACCUUUUGGAUUUAGAAAACGGUUGGAAGUUACUUUGUGAUAAGGUGUUUGGACCAAAACAUGAUCAUCCUCCCGAAUUGGAAGAAAUUGGAAAGGAAAUAGUAGAAAAAUGCAGAGGACUACCCUUGACAAUUUCAGUGAUUGCUAGACAUCUCUCUAAAGUGGCCAGGACAUUCGAAGGUUGGAAGGAUGUUGCCCAAACCUUGAGUGAAAUUAUUGCUAGUCAUCCAGAUAAAUGCUUAGGAGUGCUCGGUUUGAGUUACCACCACUUGCCUAAUCACCUCAAACCUUGCUUUCUAUCUAUGAGUGGUUUCCCAGAGGAUUUUCAGUUUGAGACUCUGAUAUUGAUCCAAUUAUGGAUUGCAGAAGGUUUCAUUAUAAGGACUUCCGAAAAUGGUAAAAGUUUGGAGGAAGUGGCAAUAGAUUAUUUGGAGGACCCUAUUAGCAGGAACUUGAUACAGGCUAGAGAAAGGAGAUUCAAUGGUGAGAUAAAAACAUGUGGAAUACAUGAUCUACUGCGUGAGUUCUGUUUGACAGAAGCUGAAAUGACAAAGCAUAUGUAUGUUAACAGAACUUACCAUACUUUUCCAACACAAAUGCAUAAUGUUCGUCGCUUCAGUUUUCAAGCUUUAUCUUAUUCAGCUGAUGAUUGUAGUAAGUUUCCACUUGUGAUUACAAAAUUGUUUCAUUUGAGAUAUCUCCGAGUUCACUUUAGCGGAGAUAUUCCUGAAUCAAUCUCAAAGCUUCAGAAUUUGCAAACUCUAAUUUGUAGAGGUUUUUCUAUUCAUGUAACUUUACCUGGGAAGAUAUGGAUGAUGAGGAACUUGAGGUAUAUGCAUUUGAGAGAAGCCACUUAUUUAGCCAGUCCUAAAACAGAAAGUAUUCUAAAUAAGCAUCUUGGGAUGCCAAAUCUAGAGGAACUUUCUGGUGUUUGCUUCAACAGUUGUACAAAUGAAGUCUUUUCUGGCAUUCCCAAUAUAAAGAGGUUGAUCAUUCAUGUACCUCAUUUCAGGGAAAUUAUUCCCCAUCGGCUAUUGGAUAUGUCUAGAUUGACGAAACUCGAAGCAUUCAAGUUUUACGCAACUUUUUUUCAACACCCCAUCAAGAGAUUUGGUUUUCCAACAUCACUUAGGCGGUUGUCUUUAAAUUUUUAUCAUGAUUUUGAUUGGGCAGACAUAUCAUCAACUGUUAUGAUGUUGCCAAAUCUUGAAGAGCUCAAACUUAAACAUUGUCCAACCAUGAGUGAUGAAUGGAUAUUGUGUGAUGAAGGUAAGUUCAAAAGCUUGAAGUUGUUGUUACUGAGUCUCACAAAUCUUGCGCGUUGGGAAGCUAGCAGUAAUAACAUCCCAAAUCUAAAACGCCUAGUUCUGAAGAAGUGUCGCGGCCUGCAAGAAAUUCCAGCAGACUUUGGGGAAAUUUGUACUUUGGAGUCAAUUGAGUUACAUGAUUGCAGCACUACUGCUGAGGAUUCUGCAAGAAAUAUUGUACAAGAACAAGACGACAUGGGAAAUAAUUUCCUUUAA